AUGGACACUGGCGGUCUUGCUCCAAUGGCUUACAAUUCUUCCUUCAACAACGGCAAUUCCCUGGGAGUGCCGGGCUCUGGCUUCGCCACGCGCGGCAAGGGCUCUCACAUCAAGCGUUUGAGCGUGCCUCCCCAGGUUGCUACCAUCGACGAGUCCCAGGCCACGGCCUCUGUUUCUACCCCGCGUACCAGUCGCUCUCAUCUUUUGGCUGGACUGCGCACUGCUCCUAAAUCUGCGACCAUCCCCUCCGAGCAUCAGCAGCGGAGUGGAAUGGAAGGUGCACGAUUCUCUGGUUAUUCCACCCGCGACCGGGUUCCUCAGACUGCGACAGGAACUGGAUUCCCGCAGCAGUCUUACACGACACAGAAUACGAACUCCAACUCGCACCGUCACAACUCCCAGCACAACCGCAUGAUGUACACUAUGCCGGAGCAGGUGCUUGCGCCUCCGAUGCUCGAAAUGGCUGGCAGCGAUAUUCCCAUGGAUGAGAACAUGUACGCGGAAUUGAUGUCAACCAACUUGUUUCUUGCUGCGCAGCAGCAACGUCUGCAGCAACAGUUGAUCAGUGUCACUGCUGCAGCCCAACAAUUCCAAGGUCUCAACAUUGGAAUGUCUCUUCCCCAGCAGCAACAGGUCCCUUCGCUCGCCAUUCCCGGUAUGGGAUUCUAUCAGCAACAGCUUCAGCAAGGUGUCCAGCCCAUUGUGCAGCCGGUUCCUGGUCAACCCGGAAUGUUCUGUGUCUACAAUCCUCUGACUGGCCAACAAAGCUACAUAAUGGACAAUAACUCCCAGGAAGAUCGUCAGCAACGCUAUUACCAGGACACUCAAUCCUAUACUGGUCAGCAGGUUCCCCAGUUCCGCGCCGAGAUCUCUCCUCCUGCCGAGUCCGCGAACGCUACUAUGCAAUUCCCGCAGCCGAUCUCCCCCCCGGUUGGCAGCCCCUCUCCGCCGUACGACUCUGUGAACGCUCUUCGCCGGGGCCACCGCAAGAAUCCUUCGUUCAGCCCAGCCAUCAGGACAAACAUCGAUACUACUAAGGCCAACGUGGGACCUGGCCCUAGAUCUGCUGCCUUGCCGCCGACACCGGCCACUGGAACAUUUGGACCCGGUCAAAGUCGUGCUGGUGAGCAUCCGAUGCGUCAGCCCCGUGGACCACCUUCGCUCGAAGACCUUUUGUCCAAGCCCACCUCCAAGCAUGAAGGCAGUAAGAACUUUGCGACUCGUCAGCGACGUCGCGCUGUUCACAGCCUUGUUCGUGCCGGCAUCGAGCGUCGUGGCGACACUCGCAGUUUCGGAUAUCAUAGCAGCGGCGGCACAAAUACCCCUGCCAGUGAGAAGGAGUUCACCUUCUCUGAUGGCGAUGAUGCUACUGUGCGCAGCGGUGGAACUCUCUCGAGCAAGCCUAGCCUAGGCAGUCUGCGAGCGGUUGCUAAUGGCGCUAUCGGGUCUGAGAGAAAAGAAAAAUCUGGCCGGGAUCGCAGGUCCCCUGACAGCCCCUAUCACAGUGCCACACCGACCAGUGAGGACGGUGGGUACUUUGGUUCGAGGUUCGUCGAUGCUCGCGGGGACUACAUUACCUCGCCUAGCAACAGUGGCACUUCGUCCCCCUCGGUGGCGGCUGUCGUUGCUGGCCAGGGACCGGUAGCUCAGGCACCUGAAAGGCGCAAGACGCCGAUGUUGGUGCUGUCCAGUGCCGAAAAACGGAAGACUCCCUUCAUGUAA